AUGCCGCAUCUGGGUGAAGACAAUACAGAGGGCUCAGAGCCUGCGUUUGUCUUUCCUCCAGUAACAAAAGAUCAUAUCCAAAACUGUUCUUACGACGCUUGGUUCCCCAAGUAUCGCAGCUCUUGUAUCAAGUCAAGAAUUAUCCCAAUUUCUGCCGACUUCAUCACCUACUUACAGGAGGAUGGGAUUAUCUUGGCAGAUGACAGUGAUGUCCUUGGCGACGCGCAAGACGAUGAAUGGCAGAGCUCUGGUGCUAUGACUUCCAACAAUGCGCCGAAUGACAGCCAAGAUUCGGAUGAAGACGAAGCUCUACAACUACCUCCAAAUCAACGUUUUCCAGAAACUCAUACCAAGAUCAAAGAGACCAUUGAAGAGCUUGGCGGAGCAGUUGCGCCCAAGCUCAACUGGUCUUCGCCGAAGGAUGCCAAGUGGAUUUCAGCACACCAAAAUAGUCUCAAGUGCACCUCACCAAACGAUAUUUACCUUCUCCUGAAGUCCUCGUCAUUCAUUUCACACGAUCUCGCUCACGCAUUUGAUGGGUGUACCGCUCCGGAGCCCACCCGGCCAUUCAGCCCGGUACUCGUGCUCCGCCCUUACUUUACACCUCACGUGGCGCUGGAGUUCAGGUGUUUUAUUAAGCAUCGCCAACUAAUUGGAAUCUCGCAACGAGACUUAAACUAUUACGACUUUCUUGAGGUUCUGAGGCCGAACCUUUGGCGCAAGAUUACCAAGUUUUACAACGAGACGUUGCAACACACAUUCCCUGAUGCUAGCUUCACGUUCGAUGUCUACGUUCCAGAGAACUCCCUAGCAGAUGAUGGCUUAGGAAGAGUUAGGCUCAUGGAUAUUAACCCUUGGGCGAUUCGUACCGAUGCGCUGUUGUUCAGCUGGGAAGAGCUGCUUCAGCAAGAAGUUGCGAGACCACUUUAUGGCCCUCCGGCCGGUGCGGACGCUGCUGAUAUCAGCGGGGGAGAGACAACUGCCGAUGAAUUGGACGACGAAAGCAUCCAAGAUUACAGUCCUACUUGUCUCCCUGAGCUUAGAAUCGUGGAGAAGGACGAUCCUGGCGCGUACAAUUUUAGCACACCACAGUACUCUGCGCACAAGCUACCCAAGGAGGUUGUCGAUGCCAGUCUGGCCGGAGAGGGAGGGCUACGAGAAUUCGCACAGCAAUGGAAGGACAUUACUGAGGGACGCGGCGGUAACAUGUGGGAGCAGCCUGGUGCUGGGGGCGCAUGA